AUGGCCGAUUAUGUGUCUGAUUCCGAUGAUGAGGCGUACCCAUUGACAAGCGUUCACGUACGCCAAGAGGACAUAGCCAAUGCAAUCGUCAGUUUUCAAUCAGACGCGAAAGGUCAACAAGACGCGUUCGAUUAUCUUCGAGAUCGUGGAUUGAUACCUUCCGCUGGCGUCGUUGAGAGCGAUGAAAAACGAGACACAGGCGAUGCCGAGAAUCUGGACCUAUUGAAGGCGUACUUACAAGAACAGAUGAAUACGCAAGGCUCGCGACGGUCUUUACGAAAGCGAAACUUUUCAAGUACACAUCCCUACUUGGCAGACCAAGCGCAUUGGCUCGGUUUGAUGGAUGUGGAUACAUUGAACGAGAUAUAUUCCGAAACGCAAGAUGUGGAGUCCAUUGUGAAACUUCUAAACUCGAUGUACAUGAAGAAGAGAAAGAGGUAUCCAAGAGAAGAGAGAUAUAAACCGAAAUCUUUCUAUUCAUUUUUGGGAAGAAAUAUGCCACCUCAAGAGAAUCAAGAUGAGGCCUUCCAGUCCUCACAAUUGUCAUUAAACUCACAAGGUCAACAAGAUAACGCUGAGCCUCAAAAUAGCGACCUAAAUGAUUUCUCGUACCUGGAGCUGGAGGAUGAUCUAAUUGUGCCCCAUUCAAACAGAAGGAAAGCUAAUUUUGCGUUUUUAGAUGAGGAAUUAGAGGCAGAAGAAAAUGACGAAGAGUCCAUGCAAGUUGAGUUUCCAUCAUCAAGCACCAAGUCAUAUUCAACGAAGGAACGAAUACUUUAUCACUCCAAGCCCAGGAGAUCCGAAGGUUUGGAAUCAAAAACAACCUCAACCAGGCGGGGCUUGGCCAUCAAAAAGAUGAGAAGAAAGGCGCAUAGAGCAAACAACAGAGGUGUUCUCUCAUUGAGCAAGUUCAUUGACGACAAUGAAUAUGAUGAAGAGAGCGUAGAAACACGGUUGCCUUUGCCCCUCAUUCAAGAUAAUGAGUAUCACGAAGAGAAUGUGGAACCACGGUCGCCUUUGCUUCUAGCUCAAGAUAAUGAACGAAGUUCAGACUUGUUGAUUGAUUUGACCAGAGAUUACGACUGGUCGACGGAUGCUCAAAGUUCGAGUGACGAGGAGAGUGCAAGCGAGAGCGUUCACUAUUAUUCGAGUAGACCAAAAUUGAACUCAUCGAAUCACAUUAGCCCUCUGAGGGAAAAUGAACUUUUUGCGGUCUACAAAGAUCAACCCAGAAAGUUCACUGACGACCUUGUGAAUACUAAUCAAAGGCACUUGCCAAGAAAUAAGCCAAAGACAAGGCAAUUUGGACAUCGGCCAUCCCAAGCUAGGCUCGGGCCAUCUAGAGUUCUUCGAGAGAAGCAUCACUCGUCUUUGAAUAUAAUCAGGAGACGAAAAAGAACUCCAAAACGAACAGGAAUGAGAAAUGGUCAUGCUCUCACUUCAUCAAGGGCCACACAGGCUAACAUAGCAAAUAGGGGAAAGCAAAGAAAAUUAACUAUUCAAAGUGACGAAUCAGCAGCACCAGGUACAAAGUUUUUGCAAAACGUAUACCAGAGAACCCCGAAUCAAUCUACAACGAUAUUUGAAGCGACUAAAACUGUGCAUCAGAAAGAAAGAGAUCACGGCAAAUAUGACAGGAAUUCUACUCUCAAGGAAUUCGUAGGCUUAUCUAUGGCACCAGAGUCCGUACUAAAUCCUAUUGUCAUGAACGAUCAGAACAUCAAAAAGCUUGAAACUCUUGAUACGGAACACCAUAUAUUCUUCGAUAAAGACUCAUUCAAUAUUGUACUCUUCGGCCAGAGCUUUUCAUUCUCAAUAUUUGACACCGAUGGAUCCAACAGAUCAUUCGCCAGGGUUGUUCAUUUGAUCAGAGCGAGAUCAACAGAGCAAAAUGCCUUCUCAGAAUCCUCAGCAGAAUUUCGUGAGAUGAGCGAAGCUAUAAAGGUACUCAUUAAAUGGUCAUUGGUUAUACAAAAGCCCGAUAACCGCCAUGUCCACCUCGUUUCGGAUGUAAUUGCGGACAUCUUCAAUUUGGAGUCUAUCAAUCUUCUGCAUAUUCAGUUGACAUCUCAGUUCCUUCUAUUGGAGUUCAUUAUGUUAAAGAUUUGCCAACGAGUCAAUGAGUUUGAAUGCCAGUCUUCGCGAAGGGUAUUGGAGAAGCAGUGCUCUUUUCUAUUCAAAGCAUGUUUUCAAAAAAUUGACUUUUUCCAGCUUGCAAACGGUGAAAAUGUUGUCUCCCUGUAUGGCCCAAUUCAAAUUGCUUCGACGAUACUUCGCGGCGGUUCCGACGUUUGGUGGAGCUGCAUUACUGAUGCAGUAUUAGAAUGCAACGAUGAACUGUUCAUUGAUGGAAACAUAUUAUAUGGUUUAUCAUGGCUCGCAAUGACGUUCUCAAGAACUCCCAAUUGGAGUGCAUUUCUUGCAUAUUAUAGAACUUUUUGCAAGAGAGGCUCUAAUCUGGAAGGCAGCCAUUUAUUCUUGGACGUCAUAUCGUGCGUCGGAAGUAAGCUAUGCUGGCCCUUUGAUGAAAGACUUGUUCUAGAAUUAUAUUCAUCUAUCGGCAUAAGAAAGUUUGCAGACUACGAGAAUGAAAAUCACAGUGAUUUUGUGCUUGGGAAAAUAAACACCAGAAGUGAUAUUCCCGAUUCUACUUUUUUUGAGAGAUACAUGCUAUUUCUAUAUUCAUAUGUCUCUGCCCUUCCGUUUGGCUCAAACAAAAAAAGGCUAAUCACUAAACUAUUAACGUCAAGCCGAUUUCACUACACUUCCGGUUCAGCUCAUCGAGCAAUGUUCUUAAACAGACUCAACUUCACUAUUCUACUUUGUCAAUUAUCCGACAUCACCCUCGAGUCGCAGCUUCUAGAUCUUAUAAGUCAGGUUGACGAUUCCAAUGAUGUUAAAAUCUACAAAUUGAUCACUGAGGUUAUCACAUCGUUGACAGAGAUAUCUCUCGAUAGGCCUGAAUUAUACCCGUUUCUUUCGCUCGCGCAUAUGGUCGAACUCGUUUCAAAAAAGUACGGUAUGAUGCCGGAGAUGUUCAAGUUGUGGCCAUCCCUUAAUUCCCUGGUUCAUGCAGCACUAAAAAUGUCAAUGAACGAGUCAUUGUACGGAUUCUUGCUCCAGAUGGCAAAGAUUUAUAACAGCCUGCUUCCUGAUGAUAUCACUUUAGAUAUCACUACAUUCUUAUCGCAUUCUUAUGAUUCUUUUCCUGAAUUAUACCUUAGGAGCGAUUUUAUUGAGGAAGUGUUUCGCAAUAGCUUGCACCAUUUGAACUAUCAUAUGGGUAGGUAUCCGUUAACCAAUCCCAACUUGGAGCACCGAACUGAAGCUCUAGUCGAGAGGUUAAUUAGUCUUUGGGUGAGAAGCGCUCUCCUCAAAGGCGAUCAGAGCUGGGAUGUUUUGAUCUUGCAAAGUUUUCCAUACAUCGGUAACCAAGAUCUGAGAGAGAAGUUCCUGCUUUAUUUCUAUGCCAAGCUCCUUGAAUCUUUUACCGCCACAGGAAGUUAUGACACAAUUAUCGUCUCUGUCAUGAAACAACUUGCUCGGUUCUCGAUUUCAAAAUACUUCGUUGGGCUACUCAAUCAACUUAUAAAGAAUAAGCAUAAGUUCUUUGAUUUGAAGGGUCAGUGCGGUUUGGAGCUUGUUACGGGGCUACAGUUUCUGAAUUUUCGAACAGCCAUAACAAGUUCUAUUCUCCACAACAUUGCUUCAAGUGAAUCCACCAGCGCAAGGUUAAAGCAAAGGUACAUUGAAGUAUUUCUUGAAUCACUCAAUCAGGACUUUGGGCUCUUCUUUCUCUCGCAGAAAUAUGUAACUUUCUGCAAGAAGACGACCCUUUUGAUCCAGGAUGUUUUUCAGAAUUCUUUAAGCUCAUCCCAAACAUUGAACUCCCUAUGUGUUCGGUUGGGAAUUGCCCAAUCCAAAAGCACAAGUAAUUGGACCAAUUUGAGCUUCGUACAGAGGUUGAAGAUUGUGAAUACCGAGCUUACCACUGCAUUAAGCAGCGGUUCUGGUAACGCUCUGGUUCUCGAUUCUUACGUAGCCACCUCAAGCAUGGACGUCGUUUAUCACCUUCUUGGCAUAUAUUGUCAAGAGUUAUUGCAUCAUAACUUGGACAAAUGGCCCAUUAUGUGCCACCUCUUGCACUACGCAUGGGAACGGUUGUCGCGGUUCAAAAUCAAUGGCUCUGAGCCAAACUUCUUAAAAUUUGUAAAGAUCGUUGGGAUCACUCAAGCUUUAUGCCGUCAGUCAAACUACUCCAAAGAACUCGAGGACUCUGUCAAGAAAGCUAGCAUAUUCCUGAUAAAAAUUUUGGACCAUUCGCGUCGUAUGUUCGAUGGAUACAGAGAACAAGAAACAAUUUUGGAUGUCAUUUAUGGAGUGUCACAAAACAGCAACUCAUCAACUGAACUAGACUUUAUGAACUCUAGUCUUUCCAACGUGCGUUUGUAUGAUAUACAAACGCCAGAUGCUAAUAUGGUGCCGAUUUCGGCCGACAAUUUGAGCAUUGAUGGCGACAGCAGAUCACACUAUUCCAUUGAUAUCAGCCCUGACCACGAAGCACCAACUGACCAAGCAUGCCUCAUUUGUGACCUAUAA